CAAAGUUAUAAAAUAAGAAGAAGCAGAAAUGUUAAUUUCUUUUGAUUUUGGCACGUGUUGGUGCGAAAAUGUACCUCCAGUUAUGGUGGAUAAUUGCUGAAGUAAUGGUGCAAUGUGCUUUGCUGCAGUCCAGAGUGAACCCUCAUCAGUUACCAGUAAAUUCUAUAGUGGCACCACCAGGUCUUAGUGUUGUACUCGGUUGCUCGUUUCCUGUGGAAGUGAAUAUGGAUUUUGGAAAGUUGGUUAUAAAUUGGCAGCAUGGAAAAACAGUGGUGCACAGUUACUAUCACCGUCAAGAUCAACCUGAAAGGCAGAAUUAUAUUUACAAAGGACGUACACAACUCUUCCAUGACCAAUUGCAGGCUGGAAAUGCUUCACUGAUGUUGAGUGAAAUACAGACCGUGCAUAAUGGAGAAUACAAAUGUUCAGUAACGAGUGAAACUGGUAAUUAUGAUCAGAAGUUACAGCUACUAGUGGCAGCUCAAUAUGAUGAACCAGAAAUUGCCAUCCAGUAUUUCUGUAAGAGUGUAGUGGUCAGUCUUUCAUCUUGUAAUGGCUUUCCUGAACCUGCUGUAACUUGGUCUACUACAUCCAUGGGGGACAACGUAACAACAAUGACACUAGACAACAGGGGGCGCUACAGACUGCAGAGCAACAUGACAUUGCACCUAACUUCCCCUCAAACAGUAGAAGUAGAGAUGAGGCUUGAAGUGCUCUCACAAAUUUUCACCAAGGCAGUUACACUUCAUCCUCAAUCUGGUGAGCGCUUGCCUGGUGAUGUUGGAAGCUGGCUUGCGGAGCGUGUGGCCAAUCCAUCUCCAGCGUCGUUUCAGGAUCUCAUCUUCUGCAGGAAGCUGAUUGGUUCUCUGCCAAAGGUCCUGGUUGCUGAUGGUGUUUGGCCAGCGGAUCUGGAGGAUUCUUCGCAGACAGGAGUUGAAGGUCUGAGCUUUCUUCAUUGUCGCCACUGUUGUCCUCCAUGUCUCUGCACCAUAGAGAAGGACCGCCUUGACAUUGGUGUUGAACAGCCUGACCUUUGUCCUUAGGCCCAGUUCCUUUGAGCUCCAGAUGUUCCUCAGCUGUAGGAAGGCUGCUCUUGCUUUACAUAUUUGUGCCUUGACGUCAGCGUCUGUUCCACCCUGCUUGUCGAUGACACUGCCCAGGUAGGUGAAGGCCUUUACUACUUCUAACGCCUCUCCGUCCAACUGGACUGGGUCGUUGUUGGUGUUAUUCACCUUGAGGAUCUUUGUCUUCUGUUUGUUGAUGUUCAGACCUACUUGAGCGGAGGUGGCAGCUGUGCUGUUUGUCUUCUCCUGCAUCUGCUGUCGGGUGUGGGAUAGCAAGGCCAAAUCAUCCGCGAAGUCCAGGUCGUCGAGUUGUGUGAAGGGUGUCCACUGGAUUCCUGUUCUUGUACGUGCUGUUGUAAUCUUCAUUAUCCAGUCGAUGGCUAGCAAGAAGAGAAAGGGCGAGAGCAGACAUCCCUGACGAACCCCGGUUCUCACUUCGAAGGUCUCCGUAAGCUUCCCUUCAUGGACCGCUCUGCUGGUCAUACCGUCGUACGAGUUUCGGAUGAUGUUAACGAAAUGCAGUAGUUUCCAUUAAAACCAACACAAUUCCCAUCAUAACAUUACACCUAUUAGAAUGUAUGUGAGGAUUUCUAUUUUUUUUAUUGUUUUCAGCUUGGUUGACACCAUUGAUUCCAAAGCCAUUGGCUCUACAAUAUCACAUGACUGUUUGCGACACAAGUUUGGAAAAUGCAACCAUAAAUGAGAUUUGAGAGCUACGGCUGAGGGGAAGAUUAUCUGUGAAUAAUAAAUAAAUACAUUUACUUGAAUGGAAAACUGAGGCUUUGAAGCUCUGCAUAAAGUAUGCUUUUAUGUUUCACAGAAGAAAUGAAAUAAUCUGGGGGUGAAUAUAAUAUUUGUACAAUAUUCUUUGAAAUACCUUGGACUGCAUGUAAAUACCAUGGUACAUAAAUAUGGUAAUCAUUCAAUGUCAUGGUACACAUCAAAGUAACAUGGUUUUACCAUAUGAUACAUUACUGUGGUAACAUUUACUGUC